AAAGUCAGUCUAGAGCCUAUUGAACUCAGCUUUGCCAGAACCAAGGCUAAUUAAUGAGCUCUGCAGCAAAACUUUGUGAUCUCAAGGCAGAUGUUGUAAAAGAAGCUCAAAGAGACCCUCUGUGGUGGUGAAUUCUUUCGGACCAUGUCAGACCCUGAGGUUUUGUGUCUCAUGAGAACUUGGAGAUAGUUCUUGCUUUUAACUUCUCCUUUUUGCAGUCUGUGGCUGGUAUACGUCCAGGAUGUCAUCAGCCUGGCAUAGUUCUGGUCCGCUGAUAGUCCUUAUGGUCCUUGCUGUCAGUGCCUGGGCUGAAGACGUUAAAGAGAAGGACUGUGAUGUGAUUGGAGAUGAGACCAGUGAGUCUCAAACAGAAAAAGCCCUAUUGAAGAAACUGGAACCUCUGAGCCAAAUAAGGUUUAACACAACUGUGGAGCUGGGCACCACAGAAAACUACACCUAUCACUUCAGGGUGUGCAGGGAGGUUGACAGCUCCUUGCAUGAUCUUGCYGGCCUAGUACAAAUUGAUAGAAAGACUGGGAAGACUACAGUGAUAGGAAGAAUCAAUGAAACCCAGGUCUUCAAUGGAAGUGAUUGGAUCAUGCUAAUUUAUAAAGGGGGUGACUCAUACGGCAGGCACUGCAGUGGAGAGAAGAGGAGAGCAGUGAUAAUGAUAUCUUGCAAGCGGGGGCUUACAGCGAGCUCGUUCAGCAUUAUUUCUGAAGAGCGAGAAAAGGAGCAGGAGUGUUUCUACCUCUUUGAGAUGGACAGCAGUGUGGCCUGCCCAGCUGAGGAGUCCCACCUGAGCGUUGGCUCCAUUCUGCUAAUAAUACUUGUGUCGCUGAUUGCAGUCUACAUCAUCGGCGGGUUCCUGUACCAGCGCCUGGUGGUAGGAGCUAAGGGCAUGGAGCAGUUUCCUCACUUCGCUUUUUGGCAAGAUCUAGGCAAUUUGAUGGCGGAUGGCUGCGACUUUGUCUGUCGGUCUAAGCCUCGCAACGCGCCGGCUGCCUACCGUGGUGUGGGCGACGACCAGCUGGGGGAGGAAUCGGAAGAGCGGGAUGACCACUUGCUGCCAAUGUGAUCGGCUCCCAACACUCUCUUUUCUAGCUUCUGCCCUGUUACACAAGCCAGCAUAACGUGCACAAGGUGAUCUAUGCCAAACUCUGAGUGGAAGAGGCAUUAGCACUUGUAAAGUCUUUCCUUUUCCUACUGGUAAUGUGUUGAAAAGUGCACACCAGUUUUCUUGAGAUGCAGAGAGCUGUAGGUUAUCCACUGGUAUUCUUUCAGACUGGAAAGGGACAAUGCUUGAAAACUACAUGAUACUGUUUUGUGACCUCCUCCUUCAGUCCAAAUGACAUCUUUAUCUUCUCUGUCACUGGGAAGCCAAAGGAAAUAAUGUGCUGCUAAGUAAAGGGGACACCUGUUGAAGUGAAACCGAAAUCAGGACAAAUUGAGGAAGUUAGAGGUAGCUGCAAUUCAGGUUAACUGCUCAGAAUUUUGGCAGUAACUGAGCUGUUGAUUGGAUGCUUUCUGAAUUUUCACUGUCUGAGAGGAUUUUUCUGUGAAGCUUUUUUUUUCUCUUUCAUAAAAAUAAAGCAUAGAAGCCAAGGAAUAAGUAUGCUAGACUCAAAUCUGCAUAAUCCUGAGCUUACAGGGUCACUUGGUUAAGCCACUGUCCCCCUAAGUGUGAUUCAGGUCAGUCUUGCGAUGCUUGCCCGGUGCAGGUGGUAUUUGCACACUGCUGUGAGGUGGGAGAGUGACCAUUUCCCUGGGCCAAGGUAGCUCCCGCAGUUGUAAGACUUAAUUUAUGUCUUCGGGUACUUUACAGUGUCACUGAUUGGUUGAGGUCAGAAGGGACCCUCAACAUGGCACCUUCCUUUCUAAUUGCUUUUUAGGGGUGGGGGUAAGUUGUAGCAGUCACAUUCUGAACACAAAGAUUCAGCUUCAGUCGUGAGGGUAGAGACUGUGAGGAAGCCACUGCUGCUAGCACUGAGGAACAGAAAAGUCUGUGCGUUUUUAUACUGCGGGUGCAGUCUGGGCAGGGACACGGAGACGUGAGGGGCCCUGCCCUUUUGCUGGGGUGCAUAGGCCAACAGUUCCCACUUUCCUUUUGUUAUGGUC